CUAACUGAAUGGAUUAUAUAUUACCAACAUAAAGACCUAGCUAGCUAUCACUCAACACUGAAAACAUGGAUUCUUCAGAUACUUCUCUCUCUAAUUCCUCAUCCAGCACUACUAUUCAUGAUAACUCUGAUGAUUCCGACCACCCAUCACUGUUUCAUGUCCUCCCCACAAAAACCCUUAAUUUUUUCGAGCCAUUACCACUCAUAAGCUCCUUGAUCCGACCACUAGACACCGCUCUCUCUCAUCAUAUCCCAAACCCUAACCCUAACCUGUUCGAAGAAGAUGUCACUGUGGCCUUGCACAUUGGCCUUCCCAACAGCGGUGGCAGCGGCAGCGCCAGUGCCAGCAGCAGCAGUAGCAUUAACACCUCCAAGCUAGUCAUGAAGACAAGCGAUGAUCCGAAUGGACCAUCUCAAUAUUGGAUCCCAACUCCUCAACAGAUCCUAAUCGGUUUCACCCAUUUCGCUUGCCAUGUUUGUCACAAGACUUUCAACCGCUACAACAAUCUCCAAAUGCAUAUGUGGGGUCAUGGGUCUCAGUAUAGAAAGGGACCGGAGUCUUUGAAAGGGUCACAACCUAGGGCUAUGGCUGGGGUGGCUUGCUAUUGUUGUGAAGAAGGUUGUAGGAACAAUAUUGAUCAUCCUAGGGCACGUCCUCUAAAGGACUUCCGUACACUUCAGACUCAUUACAAGCGUAAGCAUGGGGUGAAACGUUUUGCAUGCAGGAGGUGUGGAAAGAAGCUGGCGGUGAAAGGAGACUGGAGAACUCAUGAGAAGAACUGCGGGAGAAGAUGGCUUUGUUGUUGUGGAUCUGAUUUUAAGCACAAACGAUCACUCAAAGACCAUGUUAGAUCCUUUGGAUCCGGUCACACUCCUUUUCCUCCUCUGCCGCCGGACUUGUUUAGUACCAACACCGCUGAUGCACCUCAUGAUCAUGAUGGAUUGGGCCCCUUCUUUCCUUAA